AUGCCAGCGCUAGAUAUCCGUGAAACAAACGCGUUUACCGUUAUUAAUAAUGAGGAUAAGCACGCCCGGGGGCAACGGAACGUGAAUAUUGUGAAGCCGCUUCAACGCGAUGACGAUUCAGACGUAACGGAAACGAGUAAGGAGCAGGCGACCGACAGGAUGGUGGCCGUCACCCCCCACACGAUACUCGACCCGAAGUUCUCGCGGGCACUCGACUUUAAGCUUCGACGGUUAAAGGAAAAGGAAAUUUUGGAAGCCAAUCUCAGACGACCGACACGCCAGCGACGCCGCGCCGGGGCUUUAGCUGCGUCCAAUCCUAAUAUUAACUGGAAGGAUUCCACGCCUCCAAAGAAGAUGUUGAGUCAAUCUCAGCCGCGUAUUGACAUUAUUUCUUGUAAUGGAGAAACAACAAAAUUUUCAAGAAACGACAAAUCGCCGGUGUGUAAAAGCCGCAGUAGAAUCUCUGGUUUAAGCGAAGGAGAUAAACCAAGAUUUGUAACGACUGUGAAAACUGGUCAGUUUUUGCUUCCUCCGCCUGACGUGGCUUGUCUGCUUGGUCUGCAGACGCUGUAUCCUCCUCAAGAAAGAGAAAAAAUAGUUUAUUCAUACGCAAGUAAACCGAAAGCAGUUGCUACAAGGACAAAACGGGCAACAGAAACGAAGACUGAGAAAAUACCUAAUGGUGUACCUCCAAAUAUUAAUAACAAUAAACCCAAACAUGCCAGUGAAGCGUUCAAAGGCGUGCGUGCUCUCAUAGCAGGAGUGGCUGGGGUAAAACAUCUUCUUGAACAAUCAGACAAUGUUGGUAGCAUGACAACGGGUGUGGCUGGCAGCCAAGGAUACACUAACCUGAUGCAUGAUAAAAGAGUUGUCCGUGGUAGCACCUUCUCCUCACACCCUCAUGCCGCUGGAGAUGGCAUCGAGAGUAAUGCUGCUCGGGCAGCACGUACCCGCAGGCGUGCUCUGGCCAGGCGAGCAGCACUUGCGAGACUACGACCUGGAACACCUCCCCCGGCGCCAGGAAGACGACAUCAUCCAAUACAAACUGAAUAUUAUUUGGAGGAGUUGUUCGACAAAGGUGUGGAGAUGGAAGUGGGUGUCCAGACUGAUCUAUUCGUAGACCGUCCAGCAACUCCUAUAUAUGUACCUGCUAAGACUGGAGCAGACGCUUCAACUCAAAUAUACCCUGGAGACCUGUUCGAUUUCGACCUAGAAGUACAGCCAAUACUAGAAGUCCUCGUGGGCAAGACGACAGAACAAGCGUUAGCAGAAGUAGCCCAAGAAGAAGAACUUGCCACUCUCAGAGAGCAACAGAGACGGUACCGCGAACUAAGAGACGCAGAACUGGCUGAGAGGCAGAGAUUAGCGGCUCAAGAUGAAAGACUUCAGAAAGAAAAGGAGCGUCGUAUUGCUGAAGCAAGAGCGGCUGCAGUAUCUGGUCGGGAGGCUCGAUCUCGUGUGGCCGCUGCAGCUUUGGUCCAUGGCUAUGUAGCUGAUCUCCUGCCAGCUGUACUAGCCGGUCUAAGGGACGGAGGGUACCUUGUGAGGAGAAUGCAGCAAGGCGUCGAAGAUGAAUUUAUGCCCUGGCUAGUUCAAGAAGUCUCUCAAGAGUUGGAAUCUAUCAUAACAAGCAGAGACGUUAUUACCGAAAUUGUACGAGAUGUAGUCGAAGCGAGAUCUGAAUUAUACGGAGCUGUUGGAGAAAUUGAGGCUCAAAGAGUAUCACCACCAGAGUCAAUCACACCGCUAUCAGAAUUAGAAGGAGAAGGAGAAGCUGAAAAUUUAGCCAGGGUCUGCCUUACAUGUUACAUAGUUUUGCCUAAUUGUUUUUACGACAAGCCGCCUGACAUCAACCCUCUUCGGGAAUGCAUUAAUCAGUGA